UUGGCAUAUUCUAAGGUUCUGGAACAAACUUCUUUUUUAUACACACCUGCUCGACCCAUCUUGGAGUUGCCCGUAUCCACCAACUUCUGUGCAGGAUUCACCAAAGAUACAGAGGGGACGAGAUUCUGUCUGAGGUCAAUAUCCUUACAACCUCACUUCGUUGCCAAAUUAGAGCAACCUACGCCGACCAAAGAUGGCGGUCUUUUGUUGCGUAAAGGCAGCUGUACUCGGCUUUUCAACUUCGAUCUCAAGUGUAGUGGAUGCCAUAUAACAGCAAGAAUAGAAGGGGAUGUCACGAUCAUUGUCAACGACAUGUUCAAGGACACUCAAAGGAAAGGAGAGGACGUUUUCGUGACGAUCAGCGAGCCUAUACAUCUUCGUACCUUAGAUAUAUGUAUAGACGACAAGAUGGAUUGUUUGUUGUGUAACAUAACC